UUCUGCUUCUUCUAAUCACCCACUGUCUCUUCACCUAGUUUGACACCUACUUUUCCAACCCAGCUGGCUGGUUAAAUUAAUCAGUAUAAAUUCUUUCCCUAAGUUCUUCUCUUCGUAAAAGCCGCUACCAUGCGUUUCGCUCGCAUAGCGCUUUUCGCAAUCUUUCACUACCAAAUUAGGACGACGCAUGCUCUUUCCGAUGCUGGACGUAAAGAAGGAGGAGCUCUUGCUCCUCCUAUCGAAGACUAUCCUAUAGAUGAGAGCGUGUACGCCGGAGGUUUAGAAGACCCCGAAAUCGGUUCCGAGGACCAGUACGGAGACGAAUAUACGGAAACCCUUCGAGCUCGCGAUCUUCAUGAUGGGAGUUCCACUGACGAGGGCGAUGAAUAUGCCGCGUACCUCGAAACUCGCGAUCUUUACGAGGGUAAUUACUUUGACGACGAUGACUAUGGCGACCACCUUCAAGCUCGUGAUAUUGCUCCCGGGGCGGGUACCAGUGGCCAGCGCAGCGAUAUCGAUCCAGACGAUGAGGAAGAAUGGGAUUUCGUUAGUUCUAGCUCUCUGCCAGAAAUUUUUGAUGAAGAAAUUCCCAAAGCUCAAGUUUCGGCAACAAAGGCUCAAGCUUCGACAUCAAAGGGAUCUAUUGCCAGAAGGGCCGCCGAAACACCUCCAGCAGUCGCCGACUCAAAAAAGGUACCAACGAAGAUCAGUGAUACCGGUUCAGACCCAGACGCUGAGGAAAAUUGGGACUUCGUCAGUUCUAGUUCUCUGCCAGAAAUCUUUGAUGGCGACAUCCCCGAAGAAAUUCCCAAGGCUCAAGCGUCGGCAACGAAGGGAUCCAUCGCCAGAAGGGCGGCCGAAACGCCUCCAGCGAUCGCUAACCCAGAAAAGCCACCUUCCCAAGCCAGCAAUGUCAAUUCAGAUCCAGACGCUGAGGAAAAUUGGGAUUUCGUCAGUUCUAGUUCUCUACCGGAAAUCUUUGAUGAUGACGCCCCCAAAGAACUCCCCAAGGCUCAAGCUUCGGCAACAAUGGCCUCUAUUGCCAGAAGGCCGGUCGAAACGCCUCCGGCAGAAGCUCCUCCGACACCUGGUCGAGAGAAGUAAACGAUAUCGCGACGGAGACCACCAAACGGGGGAGAGCAUCGAAGGGAGGUUUUCAUUUUGGAGAACUGAACUGAACAAGAACAUGGACCACUAAGAACUUCGGCGGGUAGAAUACGAGUAGGACGGAUCACCGCUGCAUUGGAGAAGGGACAGGGAUGAGGGUAGGUUGAGACUGGUGUCAAGGCAGACAGCACUGGAUAGAUCGGGUGUUAAGACUCAAGAUAAAUGUAAAAUAGUUACAGACAAAGAACACAUGUUGAAGGGUGUUAC